AUGGUUUCUGCAUUUGCGUCCCAAAACUUGAUUCUGAUGGCACUUCACCUUCUAAUUCUCAUCCUCCUCUGUAGCAGCUCAUUUAGGCUGCUAGAAUCAGUCACCACCAGUAUCAGAAUUGUAAGAGGGAAUGAGACAGAUCGACUUGCUUUGAUGGAGUUUAAGAAACAAGUUGAUGAUCCAGAAGGAGUAUUAAGUUCUUGGAAUGAUUCCAACCAUUUUUGCAACUGGGUAGGGAUCACAUGUGGCCACCAUCAUCAACAACGGGUUAUCAGCUUGAAUUUACAAGGAAAAGGCUUGGGAGGAAAUAUAUCUCCUUUUAUAGGGAAUCUCACUUUUCUUCAUUUCUUUAGCAUUGCCAACAACAGCUUCUAUGGAAAAAUCCCCAAAGAGAUAGGUAAGUUGAUUCGACUCCAAUCCAUUGUUUUUCUAAACAAUACUCUCCAAGGUGAAGUUCCUACCAGUUUGGCCAAUUGCACUGAUCUAAGACAAAUCGCGUUCGGCUAUAACAACCUCAUCGGGAGGAUUCCGGUUGAACUUACAUCUUUGUCAAAGCUGGAGAUAAUUUCUAUCUAUAAUAAUGGCUUAACAGGAGAAAUACCGGCUUCUUAUAAGAACAUUUCCUCCCUCAAAGUACUCUCUUUGGGUGGGAAUAAACUGAGUGGGAGAAUUCCAGAAUCCUUGGGCCAGUUAACAAAUUUAUAUUUUCUAGCUCUUCAUGAAAACAAGCUAUCUGGUAUGUUUCCUCCCUCAGUCUAUAAUCUCUCAUCUCUUCAAGUUAUUUCUGUUUCACAAAACUAUCUCCAUGGGAGCCUUCCACAAGACAUAGGCCUCACUCUUCCAAAUCUCCUAGGAUUAUCAAUUGCAGCAAACCAUUUCUCAGGGAGAAUUCCAAAUUCCAUUUCCAACAUUUCAACACUCAAGUUCAUUGCUCUUGUUGAAAAUAGUUUUACUGGACCAGUCCCUAACAACUUGGGAAAUCUUCAAAACCUUCAAGUAUUCAGUAUUGGUGAAAAUCAAUUUGGAACAGGGGAAGUUAAUGAUUUAGAUUUUGUAAUUUAUUUAGUCAAUUGUACACAUCUAAAGACUUUGGUGCUUGAAAAUAAUGGUUUUAAGGGUCCUCUUCCCAACUUUAGUGCCAAUCUCUCAACACAGCUCUCAAUGCUUUAUUUAGGAUGGAAUCAAAUAUCUGGAACCAUUCCUGCUGGGAUUGAGAAUCUUGUCAACUUAACCUCAUUGGGCAUGAGCCAGAACUUUCUCCAAGGUAAUAUUCCACCUAGUAUAGGGAAACUUUCAAAGCUUCAAAUAUUAACUUUGGAUGGGAAUAAACUUUCGGGUCAGAUACCUUCAUCUAUAGGCAAUCUCACUCUUUUGUAUGAACUCCAUCUAGAAGCCAACAACUUGAAUGCAAGCAUUCCUUCCAACAUUGGAAAUUUUACUCUCAACUUAUCUUAUAAUUCUCUGAUUGGUUACCUACCAAUUGAAAUUGGAAACUUGAAGAGUCUUUCUACAUUAGAUAUCUCCCAUAACAAACUCUUUGGAGAAAUCCCCUCUUCCAUUGGUGACUGUAAUAGUUUGGAACAUCUUUAUAUGGGGGGUAAUUUGUUUGAAGGAACCAUUCCUCUAUCUUUGACUCUUUUGAAGGGAAUUCAAGAUUUAGAUCUCUCACACAAUAACUUAUCGGGGCAAAUCCCAAAAGAUCUACAAAAUCUUUUAGCAUUGCGGAAUUUGAAUUUAUCCUUCAAUAAUCUUGAGGGAGAGGUACCAACAAAAGGAGUCUUUGGAAAUGCAAGUGAGAUUUUACUGAAUGGAAAUGAUAAACUUUGUGGGGGAAUUGCAGAGUUAUAUCUGUCCAUAUGCACAAACUAUGGAUCUACGAAACGAGAAAAGCACAAUGCUUUGAGAUUAAUUUUGGCAAUAAUCGGUGUCGUUCUUGGUUUUCUUUUGAUAUCUUCCUUUAUUGCUCUUUUUUGGAUAAGAAGAUCAAAAAGUAAACCUUUAUCCACACCAUUAAAUGUAGAACAAUGGUCAAGGAUUUCUUAUAAAGAGCUCUUCCAAGCAACUGGAGGAUUUUCUUCAGCUAAUAUCAUAGGUUCCGGUGCUUUUGGCUCUGUAUACAAAGGGACUAUUGACCAAGAUGAAACAAUUGUCGCAAUCAAAGUACUCAACCUCCAAAAUCCAAGAGCUUACAAGAGCUUUAUUGCUGAAUGCAAAGCAUUAAGAAGUAUUCGACAUCGAAAUCUUGUCAAGAUUUUAACUUCUUGUUCAAGUCUUGAUUCAAAAGGCAAAGAUUUCAAAGCCCUCAUUUAUGAGUUCAUGUCCCAUGGGAGUCUAGAUGAUUGGUUGCAUCUUCCAAUGGAAGCACAUGAUGGUUUGAGGAACUUAAGCCUUCUUCAAAGAUUAAACAUCGCAAUUGAUGUGGCUUCUGCAUUGGAUUACCUUCAUUACCACUGUUAUGUACCAAUUGUCCACUGUGACUUGAAGCCAAGCAAUGUUCUACUUGACAAUGAUAUGACUGCACAUGUUAGUGAUUUUGGUUUGGCGAGACUACUUUCAGAGCCUGAUGACAAUGCAUCCCAGACUCAAACUAGUACCAUUGGGAUUAAGGGAUCUAUUGGCUAUACUGCUCCAGAAUAUGGUGUGGGUGGAAAGGCAACUACACAAGGGGACACGUUCAGCUAUGGGAUCCUUUUAUUGGAGAUAUUUACCAGAAAAAAGCCAACAGAUCAUAUGUUUAUUGAAGACUUAAAUCUCCAUAACUUUGCAAAGGCAGCUUUACCUGCACAUGUGAUGCAUAUUAUAGAUCCAACACUCCUACCCAAUGAAGAACGGAGUGAAGAAAUUGAAAAGGAUGGUAUCAAUAGAAUUGAAGGUCCUAGUAAAAAGAUAGAUCAAUUGCAAGAUUCCAUAACGUCAAUAAUUGAAAUUGCAGUCCAGUGCUCCAUGGAAUCACCAAGAGAACGUAUGCACAUGAAUGAUGUUGUGAGGGAACUACAUUUAAUCAAGAAAAAAUUGUUUGAAGCAAGAAUCUAUCAACUCGGAGCAACUACGACUGAUUAG